AUGCCACGUGCAUUGUGGGACCGAUCACGAAAAACAGUCGUAAAUGAUUUUCUUUGCGAAGAGGGGGUAUUGGUUCCUUGUGACGAUUACUGUUUCACUUAUGAAGUUUUUGGACUUCAUAAAAGUGGAACAGUCAGAAAGUACGCGGUUGCCAAGCAUUGCGCCACUGGGUGGUAUACUCGAAAUGAAAUGUUAUCGAAUUGUUUUGAAGAGAGUAUUCCAAUUCUUGGUCCUGGUGGUUCCUUUUUUAUGACCGGUAAAACUUGCUUUUGUAAAGGUGAUCAGUGUAAUCGGAUACAACCGGAUCGAUGGUUGUCGAUUUUUGGAACUUCAGUUCCUUCUCUCUUGAGCCGACAGUCGACAGCUCCAGCUGACGUAGCUAACACAGUGACUGGACAAAAACUGUAUUCACAAGAGCGAAAUAAUGAGAAAAGUUUUCAAUCAGCAUUGGUUGGAUCAUCAUCAGGGUGCUCAGAUAUGACUGGUUCUCUGCUGUCGAUAUCGGUCGGGACACUCGUUGCUUGCAGACGACUUUAA